ACAGGCAUGCAUGAGAGUGAUUUCGGAUGAGAGCGCACCAGGCCACCCCUACAACGGAAAGCUUCAAAGAUGCCCGUGCCGGAGGGAGAGGAGCAGGAAGAAGAUUCGACAGGACGGCCUCAAGACAGACAGAAGAGCAGAUUUCAUAACUGCCAACGCUACAUCCCACUUUGGGUAGUCUUGGUGCUGUUGGGUGGAGCUGGAGCGCUAACAUGGUAUUUCUUAGACUACAGACCGCGGCAUCUGGAGUCAACUCUCCUGCAUUUCUACUCCGGCAGCCUGAGGAUCCUCAAUCGGCACUACUCCCUGGAUCAUGGCCGUAUGGACUCCAGAGCCUUCUGGACAGAGACAGCAAAGACAAAGACAAUGCUGAAAGAUCUUAUUCAUGCCACCGACCUGGCUCCUUACUACAACUCCAGUAUGGUCUAUGCCUUUGGGGAGGGAUCUCUGACAUGCUUCUUCUGGUUCGCCCUUCAAAUCCCCAAAAGCCAGCAUGAAGUGAUGACUGCAGAGAAAGUGAAUAACACACUCUAUAAAGAGCUGUUUGCCAGCAUCAAUAGAACAGGCCACCUUUUGUAUCAGACAGAAUACAAGGUUGACCCAGGAUCCUUGGUUCUGCUAGAGUCCAGUGUGAAAGACAUAAUAGUGCUGAAAUCCACAUUGGGUUGCUACAGAUACAGCUACAUCAGGGAAGAUACAGUCCUAAAGCUAAGGGGCCCAGACUACCUUGCCUCUAGCUGCCUUUGGCAUCUCCAUGGCCCCAAAGGUUACAUGAUCAAGCUACACCUGGAAUGGACCCUCUCUGAAUGCAGGGACCGACUGGCUAUGUAUGACGCAGCCGGGCCGCUGGAGAAGCAGCUCAUCACUUUGCUGUAUGGCUGCAGCCGCCAGGAACCCGUGGUGGAAGUGUUGUCUUCAGGCCCCGUCAUGUCUGUGGUGUGGAAGAAGGGGAUGUAUAGCUACUAUGACCCUUUUGUGCUUUCUGCCCAGGCUGUGCCCUUGGAAGCCUGCCAGGUGAAUCUAACACUGCGGGAAAGCUGGGAGCUGCAAGGGAACAUCAAGACUCCAUACUACCCCAGUUACUACGCACCCAAUACACAGUGCACUUGGCACAUGAUGGUCCCAUCCCUGGAAUAUGGAGUUGUCCUUUGGUUUGAUGCUUACACUCUCCGGAGACAGACGUUUGACCUGCCAUGCACUCAAGGGCAAUGGACCAUCCAGAACAGAAAGUUGUGUGGCCUGCGGACUUUGCAAGCCUAUGCUGAAAGGAUUCCUGUGGUGUCUAGUGCUGGAGUCACCAUCAACUUCACUUCUCAGAUCUCCCUAACUGGACCUGGAGUGCAGGCUGCUUACAGCCUAUAUAAUCAAUCAGACCCAUGCCCCAGAGAGUUCCUUUGCUCUGUGAAUGGGCUGUGUGUGCCAGCAUGUGACGGGAUCAAAGAUUGCCCCAAUGGAUUAGAUGAGAGAAACUGCGUCUGCCCUGCAAAAUUCCAGUGCCAGGAAGACAGCACCUGCAUUGAGUUCUCCAAGGUCUGUGAUAAACAUCUGGAUUGCAUCAAUGGAAGUGAUGAAGAACAAUGCAAUGAAGGAAUUCCCUGUGGACUUUUCACUUACCAGUGUGCUGAUGGGAGCUGUGUGAAGAAACCCAACCCUCAGUGUGACUCAGUCCCUGACUGCAAAGAUCGGUCUGAUGAGAAGCACUGUGACUGUGGAGUGCAGGAGGCCCCAACGAACCGGAUUGUGGGCGGUUCACAUUCUGCGGAAGGGGAGUGGCCAUGGCAAGCGAGCCUGCAGGUCCGUGGACAUCACGUUUGUGGUGGAACGCUGAUUGCAGACCGCUGGGUGAUUGCUGCUGCUCACUGCUUUCAAGAAGACAGGCAGGCAUCCCCUACUGUCUGGACCAUCUACCUGGGCAAGCACUUUCUGAACGGCAGCAGCCACAACGAGGUCUCCUUCAAAGUCAGCCGCAUCUUGCAGCACCCCUACUAUGAAGAGGACAGCCAUGACUACGACGUGGCGCUGCUGCAGCUGGACCAUCCGGUCAUCUAUUCCUCUUUCAUCCAACCCAUCUGUCUGCCCUCCAGCUCCCACCUCUUUGAGCCUGGCCUCUUGUGCUGGAUCACUGGCUGGGGUGCUGUCAAGGAAGGAGGCCCCACCAGUAAGAUCUUGCAAAAAGCGGAUGUACAGCUAGUGCAGCAAGACAUGUGCAGCGAAGCCUAUCACUACCGGGUCACACCCAGAAUGCUAUGCGCCGGAUACCAUGAUGGGAAGAAGGACUCUUGUCAGGGUGACUCUGGAGGACCUCUUUCCUGUCAGGAACCCAGUGGCAAAUGGUUCCUAGCUGGCGUGGUGAGCUGGGGAAUGGGAUGUGCACGGCCCAAUAACUUUGGUGUCUACACCAGGAUCACCAGUGUGAUGGAAUGGAUGAAGCAAACAAUGCUGAGCUGAGCCAUGCCAAACCUGUUCCUUUCCCUACAAGGCUUCACAGGUUGCAUGGAGGAGCCACUUCCAGUCUUCACCACACAUCUCCAGUGUCCUAAAUUACAGGGAUAUCCCACAUUUGGCCCAAGUCCCACCUGAUAUGCAAGUGUGGAUCAUCAAGGACAUUUCCAUGUAUAACAGAAUGAACCACUUUAAAAAAAAAUACCAUGUAAAACCAAAAUAAAUCCAGCAGCAAUUACAGACCA